UACUAGUACUAUUAGAGUUAAUCAUAAUCACGCGUUCAGUCGUUAGUAAACAGUCGGGUAGUUAGGUAAUACUUGUUCUUCAGACUAGAAAACACACGAGAGGGUUUAACGCUGAAUACGAAAUGGCUGGUUUAUCAAAAGUAUUGGAUACCGACAAUACAGUGUUUUGCGCAUUUGUAACAUGCAGUUCUAUAUUAGUCCUAAAAAUGAUGGGCAUGUCUAUAUUGACAGGAAGACAACGAAAAAUACACGGUGUCCCCGCGUCACCUGAAGAUCUUACUCUGUUAAAAGGAAAGACAAUUGAAUCCCAUCCGGAUGUCGAUCGCGUUCGAAGGGCGCAUUUGAACGAUUUGGAAAACAUUCCGAUCUUCUAUAUGGCUGGUAUCGGAUACGCCUUAACUGAUCCAAAUCCGUCAGUGGCUGUCGCUCUAUACAGCACAUACACAUUGGCAAGAAUUGCCCACACCAUAGUUUAUGCUGUUCAUGUUGUUCCUCAACCGGCUAGAGGAAUAUCUUGGGGUGUUGGUUUUGCUAUUACUGGAUACAUGGCGAUGCGCACAAUCAAAUACUUUUGUUGUGAUAGUUGCAUAGCCCUUUGUCAGAAUUGGGUACAUUAGUGGAGGAAUUUGUGCUUAGUAUUGUUUAUACAUUUUACAUUGGUUACUUGAAUAAAUAAAAUUGCUUCAGUGCCUA